AUGAGUGACACAUAUCCUCAAUCUCCGCUCUUCCUGCCUCCAGAGCUCCUCCUCCAUGUUGCUCGAUUUCUCACGACCGCCCGCGAUUUCAACGCAUUCGUUCGAGUCAGCAGAGCUCAUUAUGCGAUAUUGAACAGUACAUUGUAUUAUGACGACGCGAAGCGUGAGAAGCCACAUGCACUCUUCUGGGCCGCAAUCCAUAACCAAAAAGAGACUGCCACCAAAGCUCUCAAGGCAAAGACCGAUCCACAGAUCACAGCCGACCUGUCUCGCCUUCGGGGCGCUACUCCGAUUAUUUUAGCUGCAUACCAUGGUUCAUCAGAUGUUCUGGAUAUUCUCCUUGCCAGAGAAGAUAUCAAUCCCAAUAUACGGGAUCGCAUGUACCUCUGUCCGGCUAUUACGUGGGCUGUGAAAAAGAAUCAAGUCUCUGCUCUUCGCCUCUUACUGAAGGACAAGCGUGUCAAUGUCAACCUGCAGGACAAGAACGGAGAGACAGCACUGAUGACUGCUGUAAUCAACCAGCCGGAUUUGAUCCCCGUGAUGCUAGGUUGCGCCAGAGUCAAUCCACAAGUCGGAGACAGGAACGGUCGCACUCCACUUUCGCGAGCUGCGCAGCAGAAAAACCCAGAUACCCCAUUGAUUCUUGCCGCUCAUUUGCGUCUCAUUUUGGAUGGAUUCGAUGAUCGAGAGCAUUGUCAACAGGUCUUUUAUUCCGCUGCCAUUUUUGGCCAAUGUGAUAUUAUGAAGCACAUGGUGUCGUUUUAUGGUGCCAAGUUGAACCCCAAUGGAGAUGCGAGGGGAAUUGCAGGGACAGAUCAUGCGGUAUUCACAGUGGCGGUUGAACGCAAUCUUCAGGAGAUUGUCCAGUUCCUUCUGGAAUGGGACAAAACUGACCCAAACCAACAUGACACUUGGCAGCACAAAACACCUCUGUUUCGUGCAGCAGAUCGUGGUCUUGAGAAAAUGGUUUCCAUCCUGAAGGAGCAUGACCGGGUAGAUUUGAACCUGAGCAACAUUCAUGGCAUGACGCCCUUGAUGGUUGCUAUAGAGGAGGGUCAUCUUGAGGUCGUCCAGUGUCUUCUUUCCGGCUCACGUUGCCCAGACGUCAACCUCACCGAUAAUACUGGAGUAACGGCCCUGUGGCAUGCGGCAAUACGUGGCGAGCCAAAAAUGGUGCAGAGGCUACUCGAGGUUGAGGGUAUUGAUGCAUGUAUAGCCGAUUCGCAAGGCGUGACACCUAAGCGUAUCGCAACCAUGCAUAACAACACUGAGGUGGUCAAGAUCUUGGACAACUUUACGAUUUAG